AUGAGUUCCAGCGGGGGAGAUGCGAAGUUGUUCGCCAGAGGCAAAGUCGCCGAGUUGCGACAGGAGUUGAACAGUGGGGGGAAGAAGGACAAGAACCAUUCGGCCAAGAAGAUCGCGCUUAAGAAAAUCGUCGCCAAUAUGACCAUGAGCAAUAAUGAUAUGGUCGCUUUGUUCCCCGACGUGAUCGGUUGUAUGAACUUGCCCAGCCUGGAGAUUAAGAAGAUGUGCUUUCUGUUCCUCGUCAAUUAUUCGAGAGCGAAACCCGAGGUUGCGCUCAAGGCUUUGCCGUUCCUCAUCGAUGAUAUGGAGGACUCCAACCCUCUCGUGCGUGCCCUGGCACUACGGACCAUCUCCUACAUCCAUGUCCGCGAGUUUGUCGAAGCGACAGUGCAACCGGUCAAGCGACUGAUGAGCGAUAUGGAUCCAUACGUGCGCAAGACCGCCGCUUUCUGCGUCGCGAAGCUCUACGAGCACGAUAAGAAGAUGGUCGAAGCGUCGGAUCUGAUUGAUCGGCUAAACAGCAUGCUCAAGGACGAGAACCCGACGGUGGUUUCUAGCGUCCUGGCCUCCUUGGUGGACAUCUGGGGUCGCAGCGAAUCGAUCUCUCUGACUAUUGACUACACCAGUGCCUCGAAGCUCGUUUCGAUCUUACCAGACUGCUCUGAAUGGGGCCAGUCUUACAUCCUCGAGGCUUUGAUGUCCUAUGUCCCUCAAGACUCCGCAGAAUCCCUGUUGCUGGCAGAGCGAAUAGCCCCCCGCCUCUCGCACUCCAACUCUGCCGUUGUCCUGACCUCUAUCCGCGUUAUCCUCUACCUCAUGAACUACAUUGCCGACGAAAGACAUGUCACCUCCCUCGCAAAGAAGCUAUCACCACCCCUUGUCACCCUUCUCUCCAAGCCACCAGAGGUACAGUAUCUGGCUCUCCGAAACGCCAUCCUUAUCCUGCAGAAGAGGCCCGAGGUGCUCCGCAACGAUAUCCGCUGCUUCUUCUGUAACUACAACGAUCCGAUCUACGUCAAGGUCACCAAGCUGGAGUUGAUCUUCAUGCUGACCACCAAGGAGAACAUUUCCGUGGUCCUUGCAGAACUCCGAGAGUAUGCGACUGAGAUCGACGUCCACUUCGUGCGCAAGGCAGUGCGUGCCAUCGGAAAGCUCGCCAUCAAGAUCGAGUCCGCCGCAAAACAAUGCAUCGACACCCUGCUGGAACUGGUCAACGCGAAGAUUCCCUACAUCGUCCAGGAGGCGACGGUUGUGAUCCGCAACAUCUUCCGCAAGUACCCCAACCAAUACGAGAACAUCAUCGGCAACGUAAUUCAGAACAUUGACGAGCUCGACGAACCCGAAGCCAAGGCCGCCAUCAUCUGGAUCAUCGGCCAGUACGCCGACCGCAUCGAGAACUCCGACGGCCUUCUCCAGGACUAUCUGGCCACCUUCCACGACGAGACUGUCGAAGUCCAACUUGCCCUCCUCACCGCCACCGUCAAGUUCUUCAUCCAACGUCCCACCAAGGGCCAACAGCUCGUCCCCCAGGUCCUAAAAUGGUGUACUGAAGAGACCGACGACCCGGACCUCCGCGACAGAGGCUACAUGUACUGGCGUCUGCUAUCCACCGACCCCAAGACCGCAAAGCAGAUCGUCAUGGGCGAAAAGCCCCCCAUCAGCGCCGAAAGCGAAAAACUCGACUCCCGCACCCUCGAGGAACUCUGCCUCAACGUCGGCACUCUCGCCACCGUGUACCUGAAACCCGUCCAACAAGUCUUCCGCUCCGCGCGCACAAGACGCCUACAGUACAGCCCUGCCCUGCAGAAACCGAAGGAAGAACCCGGCACUGCCGUCUGGCAAUUCCCCGCCCCGUCGCAAUCCAACAGCCCCACCGCCGCCAUGGCUGCCAGCGCAUCUGCCCCCAGCGAUAUGAACGCAGCCGUCAGCGCUGCCGACAGCUACUUCAACAGUGUCGGCACCCAGCAAAUGGCUGCACUGGACCUAGGCGGUCGCGAAGACGGUGGUGUUGGCGGUGGUGGCGCCCCCCAGACGCAGUAUGUCGUUACUCAGAACCAGCAGCAGGUGUAUCAGCCGCAGCUGGCGGGUGGAGCAGCCACGGGUGAGUUGUUGUUGCUGUAA